UAAAUCUAAGGCUGACAGAGCUGCAGUAUGACACACACAAGAGCAGACGAUCAUUUUUCUUCAUCACAGGUUUGAUUAGGCCAUGGAUAACAGCACCUUGGGAUGGCUCGGAGAUGAUAACACAUCUCUUCAACUUGAACUUCAGUCGUGUACUUUAUUGAGGCAUCGGGUCUCUCGCAUUUUUCUGUAUGCUUUCCUCUCGGUUGGCAUCAUCUGCACAGUUGUGGGCAACUUCCUGGUGGUCUUGUCCAUUGCUUACUUCAAGCAGCUGCAGUCCCCCACAAACUGCUUCGUCAUGUCCCUGGCGGUGGCUGACUGCCUAGUUGGCCUUGUAGUGAUGCCUUAUAGUAUGAUUCGAACUGUGGAGGGGUGCUGGUACUUUGGUUCUCUUUUUUGUCGGAUACACUCUAGCCUAGAUGUUAUGCUCUGCACUGCCUCCAUAUUUCAUCUCAGCUGCAUCGCCUUCGACCGUUACUAUGCUGUCUGUAACCCUCUAGUUUACUCUUUAAAGAUGAGCCACAGGCGGGUUGCUCUCCUCAUUGCUGUAUGUUGGCUUGUCCCCAUACUCAUUUCCUUUGGCCCCAUUAUGCUAGACCUUCAUGUUGCUGGUGUAGACAUGCUGAUUCCUAAAGAUUUGUGUGUGUUCUUGGUCAGUCGCAUUUAUGCUGUCAUGGCUUCUUUAGUAGCCUUUUACCUGCCCAUGGCAAUCAUGCUAGUAGCCUACUGGAAGAUCUUCAAAGCUGCCAAGCGGCAGGCCAGGCAGAUCAGUGCCAUGGAAAGCCAGAUGGCUGCUGGAGUGGGUAAAGACUCAAGCAAGAAAAAAAGACACAGGAAUGCCAUGAAGAGGGAGAGAAAGGCAGCAAAAACUUUAGGUAUCAUCAUGGGAGUUUUUCUCAUCUUCUGGAUGCCCUUCUUUACUGUUAACAUCGUGGACCCGUUCAUUGAAUACAGCACAGAGGUGGUCCUCUGGGAUCUCUUUCUGUGGUUAGGGUAUAUCAACUCAUCCCUAAACCCUUUCCUGUAUGGUUUGUUCAAUCGCUCCUUUCGGAGGGCGUUCCUCAUGUUUAUGGGCUGCAGGGUAUGCCUGCCCGGAUCAUCCCCAGGGAUGGAAUUAUCACAUACUCGAAAAGAGGCAAAUGAAUGUGCAGAGCAAUCCUAA